AUGAAGAGAUUACACACUACUUCCGUAAAUUUAGACCCCCGGCCCUCAAAGGAGAAGAAAAGAAGAGGAGAACAUGAAGAAGAUCAAGGGGGAGAGUUGAAGAAGAAGAGAAAGAGCAGUUUGGAGGAACAUCUGCCAGAUAAGGGCUGCAGGGAGGAGAGGAUACCUUCUGGUUUCAAAGAUUCAUACCCCCAGCCCUCAAAGGAGAAGGCAAGAAGAAAAGACCACGAUAAAGAAGAAGGAAACCAGAAGAAGAAGAGAAAGAGGAGUGUGGAUGACCAGCUACCAGAUGAGUGCUGCAGGGAGGAAAAACUGAGAAGGGAGGAGACCAAUAAAGGAGAAGCUGGGCCUGUGAGCGCAGAAGCUCAACCUUCAAGGCUGAACCCACUCAGUAUCUCCAAUUACAACUUCUACUCUAUGUUGGGAGCAGGAGGAUACGGCAACGUUAUGCUGGCUUCGUUAGGAGACCGGAGGCCAUAUGUGGCUGUUAAAUCCAUCAGGAAAACAGAGAAGACCAAUUACAUCAGCCUUCUCUCAGAGUCUCAAGUGCUGAACUUCACCAGACACAGCCCAUUUCUUUGCCAAGGCUAUGCCGCUUUUCAAACCCAGCGGCAUGCCUUCUAUGUAAUGGAGUACCUGAGUGGGGGAAGCCUUGAGUAUGAGCUGAGGCGAUACGGCCGGAUGAAAAUGGACAGAGUACUGUUCCAUUCUGCGGAGAUGAUUUGCGGCCUACAAUACCUUCAUGCCCUCGGGAUUAUCCAUCUAGACAUCAAACCCCCGAACGUUCUAUUGGACCAUCAAGGACACGUUAAAAUAUGUGACUUCGGCCUGGCAAAGCAGAGCCUCUUUAAUGCCAACCUAACAACUGGCUGGGCCGGAACCAUAGAAUACAUGGCCCCGGAGAUUUUAAAGAGAAAGGCAUAUAAUGCAGCAGUAGACUGGUGGUCAUUUGGCGUCACCAUCUGUGAAAUGGCCACUUGCUUCACACCAUACACUGGCAGUGACACCAAGGAGCUUGCUCAUUGCAUCAAAGUCCAUAAACCCGAUAUACCUGACUGGCUGGAUGAAGAUAUGAAACAUCUUCUGAGACAGCUACUUAAAAGGAAGCCAAAGAAACGCCUUGGUGUUCGAGGAAACAUCAGAUGUCACCCAUUCUACAAAUCCAUCGAUUGGGUGCUGCUGGAAGAGAAAGGAUUACAACCCCCCUUCGAGCCUAGAACACCAUCACCUGACCUAUUCCAGCCAUAUAAGGGGAAGCUGUCAUUCCUCGAGCCCCAGAAGCCUGAGGCAACACCAGAGGACAGUAUGAAUGUUCCCGGCUUCUCUUUUCAAAGUUCCACCUGGCUGACGUAA